AUGAGCGUCUGCGGCGGCAGUGGGAGUAGCAGGACGGUCCCGCUGAUGCCGCCGCCGUUGGAGUGGAAGUUCUCCCAGGUCUUCGGGGAGCGGGCACCUGGGGAACCAAUCCAGGAUGGUUGGCCUUUUCCUUUUUGCUUUGCUUUUCUUUUUUGAUUAGCAUGAGUUGGUCCUCGUUUUUUGUUCCGGUUAAUAGAUCUUGUCCUUCAAUUAUCUCUUGCAUUAUUGGUUGACCUGGAUGCUGUUCCUCUGGUGAUCUCCUUGGUUUUGUUGAUAAUUCUGUUUCAUCCCCGCGUCUCAAUUUAGCUCUUACUCGUAUUCUGGACACAUCAUAAGUGUUGUUCGUCCCUUGUGGAAAGCACAUUGCAUGCAAGACUGUGAAUUAUGGUAGUCGGAGACCAAACGAGUAAGUGCGUGGUUGAUAGUAGUUUUAUAGGUCUCUAGUAAUUGUUAAUGGUUGGCAUUCCAUGCCUGCGGUUUACUUUGUUGUAUACUCUCUGAGGUGCAAAGAGUCUUAGUCUUUUAAUUUUAAUGUUUCUCCUCUAUGAUUAUUUAUUUUUGUUGUAUGAAAUAAAGUAUGCAUAAUCUGCAUUGUUUAAAUAAUUAUCUGGGAAACCGCCGACAAGUUGUAUGAAGACAAGUUUUUCAGGCCUGCUAUUUAUAUAUAUUACUUUCUCAUAAAGUUCAAUUUUGAAGGCCGAAGAAAGGAGAACCCGCUUCUGGUAUAAUCUUGAUUUUGGUAAAUUAAGAGCUUCGGCUGGACUCACAUACAAGAUGCAAGGGUUUUUAGGGUUUUUUUCUGUAGGAUGGACGACGAUGACAUUUUGUUUAUCGACUGACAACGUUUUGAGAAGCUGCAGGAUGAAAGACUUACUCUUAUCCGCUUUUGCUGACCAAUGGGCUUCUAGAUAUAAGCGAAAGGGACGUUUCAGAUUAUGAAAGUACAGUGAUUUACGAGGAUGGGCAUGUUUGUGUAGAACUUGAGUAUUUGGCAAUGAGUACCAUAACCAUAUGCAGAACCUUGAAACAGAAUGACUUUAUUGAAAGUUGAUACACUAGGGUUGUUUGACUCGUCUAUUUGGAGUUUCUCAGGCUUCACUGCCGAAACUGGGGGUUUCUUAGACAGGAGGAAAUGUUCCUUAAUCGGAAAUAGUCUGCUUCUUCCUUCUCGGAACAGUUCUCUGUCACAGCUUUUUGGCCGUUUGGUAUCACAUGAUCCUCAGAAGUCAUUCUACUUUCGUCCGAAGAGACACAGUAUUUUUUUCCUUUAUUCUAUUAUCAGAUAUGCUAUCGUUCGCUGAUUGCUAUUCUAUACAUCUUUGGUCAUUCAUGAUGGUCAUUCUCGAGUUUUCAAUGUAUUUCUUGUUUCAAGACUAUUGGAAAUCAAGAAUUUCAUUUCUAGCAUUCCGAGGUUUUUAAUAUAUGUAUUUUAAAUUCUGGGUUCGAUAACAUAGAACCAAAUGGCAGAAAAUCAGACCUGAUUUUUCAUGAUGCGUGUUUUCCAGCAUUAAUACAUAAUAUAAUGGUUGCCUGCCUUUAUAUUUUCUAGUCGUGCUUUUUUAAAUCGGAAAGGAAAGGGAUCUGCUUUUUUCCGAUCUUCAUCGCAGCUGCUAUUGGCACCAUUCCACUUGUUUCCUGCCGUGCAUUUUUUAUUGCGUUGAAUUCACCGGUAUUGUCACUGCUUCUUAGUGAAUGGACAAUGCUCAUUAAAAACUAUAGAGUUUAUUCUUUCGAACCUUCAGUUCUUAUGAUUUUACAUUGGAUUCCUGCAUAGAUAUUUAUAGUUGUUGAUAUCUGUAUAUUCAAGAUCUCGCUGAAAAAUAUGACUGCUCAUUGUGUCUCGCUGUUUUUAGUUGAUAUUAUAUCUGCAAUUGAGUUUGAGAGAAGAGGGGAUUAUCUAGCGACUGGAGAUUGUGGGGGUCGCAUUGUUCUUUUUGAAAGGAGUGACAGGAAGAAGGUAACCUUCAGUUUUUGAAGGGAGUUGUUUUAUUUUUAAGCUCUAUAUAAAGAUUUGAUGUCCUGUAGAAACCUUAGGAUAGAUUAUUCUUAUUUAUUCUCACUAAUGAUUUUAUCAUUAUUUCUUAAGCAUUCUCCUCGUAAAGAGUUGGAGACUCUGGAUUAUCCUGAUGCUUUACAUCCCAGAUAUGUCUACAAGACAGAGUUUCAGAGCCAUGAACCAGAGGUAAUCCUUCUUUGGUACGAGCCUCAGUGUUUUCAAAGCGAAAUCAACGUUUCACGCUACUAAUGCUGAGAAUGUUUAUUCUUGUGUAGUUUGAUUUCCUAAAGAGUUUGGAAAUUAAAGAGAAGAUCAAUAAACUAAGAUGGUGCACGGCCCCAAAUAAUUCUCUAUUCAUUCUUUCCACGAAUAAUAGGACAAUCAAACUAUGGAAGGUAGUAUUCUAUUAUACAGAAAUCAUGUUUCUUAGUCUGUUCAUUUUCGAAGCAUUAGUUUUGGAGUCUAAAACUUGAUUUGAUAGGUUACUUUCCAUGAUGACAUAGCUUUUAGAGAAGAAGGUGAAGAAAGUAAAAGAGAUGGUCCUCAACACGCAUGCAAUCUCAGAAAGCACACUUCUGGCCGAGAAGAGCUUUACAACUGACCCGAAUGGGCCACAUAUUCUUGAUAAAGUUCCCAGGCUGACAUCAUCAUCGACUCAAGAGAGCCUUGAAGCGGUAUUUUUUUUAAAAAUUCCUGUAGGCUCAUCCAAGAACAUUCUGUAGAUCCUGCCAUCUAGUGUAACUUCAGAAACUUGUAAUUAGCUGAUGUGUUCCUCUCUGAGGAUGGGGCUUCAUGUAUUCUUGACUAACCCACUUGUGAGAGGUCUCGUUAGGUAUUCACGAGAUGAUAAUAGGAUUUUUCUUGUGUCUUUGUUACUCCUAUGGAAGUUUAAAAUCAGUGUUCCAAUAUCCGCUGAAAACCUCGUGCAAAUUUACAUUUCAAUUAUUUCCUUUUAUUAUUUUAAAUUUUCCUAUUCCGACUGGUGAAAAAUUCAUAUCCUAACUUUAAAAAUUAAAACUAUAUCCUUUUCCUACUAAAGCCCAUCUCUAUAGUUGAACUGAUAUGAUCAUGCAUCAGCAGAACAUUGAAGAUAGAUAAAGGCGUGAGUUUUGUGUGAUCAGAUAUCCACCAUAGGAGACGCUACUUCUGCAAGAUGCCGGAGAAUAUAUUCCCAUGCUCAUGAGUAUAGCAUCAAUUCUAUAUCAAAUAACAGGUACGGUGAACUUUUUCUUGCUUUCACAAUAUGGAUAUUGCUUGACGGACUUGUAUCAGUCUACUAGUGCUCUAAAGCGGUUAAAAAUUGACCGGCGGUGUGGUUGGGGUAGUCUUUUCUAUGAGCAUUUUAAUAACUCAGCACCAUCCUAUACCAAUGAUCUGUACUUUUAGAUUUGGUUCAGCAAAUAUACUUUACUUACCAGUCUAUAGGUAGUUUAAUCACUGGAGCUCAAACAUGUUUCUAAAUUUGUUUUGGAUCCAGCGACGGAGAGACAUUCAUUUCUGCUGAUGAUCUUAGAAUAAAUUUGUGGAACUUGGAAGUCAGCAAUCAGUGUUUUAACAUCAUUGACCUGAAGCCUCCCCAUAUGGAGGAUCUUGUAGGUGAUCUAUUCUCCGUCCUGAAGCUUUCUUGUAUAUUCCACUUUUUGAAUGCCAAUGCACUUUAUUUUUGGCUUCUUAUUUCAACUUCGUUUAUUAAAUAUUCUUCAUUGUCUCAUAAAUGGAGUCUCCUCCUAAUUCCAUUGACGGUAACGAUUAGCCACUGGCAUGCAUUCUUUUUUUCCUACCGUGGACGUUGGUGAAAAUGCUAAAAUUCAUUAAACCAUGAACAUGCAAAAUAGCACCUGGCUUGAAUCCAAUCAAUAACAAGCCCAAAUGGAAAUGAAAAGGACAACUUCGAUAUGCUCAAUGGAACAAGCCUUUUGCUUAGGCAUACCACCUAAUUAAGUGAUUGACUCACCCACGCACAUGCUCAAUGGAACAUACAUUUAACUUGUCCAACGCUCUAUGACAAAGCUCAAACGAUGCCCUGAAAUUCCUCUCUCUCUCUCUCUCUCUCUCUCUCUCUCUCGCUCUCUCAGGUGGACUACACCAUUGGGAUCAAUAACCUCACUCGUCUUAGUCAGAAAGAUUGACAUCUAGCCAUCAUUUUAACAAGAACAAGGCAAUAUCUUCUGUAUUCCACCUGAUGUUAGGAUGCUAGACAGAAAACAAUAUUGUUCCUGCUUCGUGACCUAUAAGCAUCUGUUCUGUAUUUCAUGCAAAAUGGGAAAUUUCCUCAUAGACAACCAAAUCGAUAACAUACCUUGAGAAGUAUCCCCUCAGAAAAGCCUUUUCCUUUGAAGUAAUCACCCCCAUAUUAUACAACUGAACAAAAGUUUUCAACGACCUUCCUAUUCACACAGGUAUGUUCUGUCAACAGACAGUUCGUCUGUGCUCUUCACAAAAAAGACGCCCCCUUUCAAUUAUAAUUGUGGAAACUAAAGAUCUUGCUGAAUAAUUGCCUUCAGGUUCUCAUCCACAAAGUUUUAAAUAAUUAUCACCCUCCUGCAAAGAGAGGUUGAAAGUACCCUUCUAGAUCCCAGAAAGGUCUUCGCGUUCCCUAUUAGGGAGGUUUCUUCUGAAUCUACGUUUUCUAUGUACCAGCACUUAAUGCCCGAGUAUUACUAGUUUUUUUAUCCCGUGUCUGUUUUCUAAUAAGAUUUUUUUUUUUAAGGUCUCAACUAGGCAUCUAAGUUAACUUUUGACGUAAGUUUAAUUUAAGUGAGAAUUAAAUAAAUCAGCAGGGGGGUACCGCUAUCUUAAUAUUUAGCAAAACUAUCUCAAAAUUAUUGCAAUUGAUUUCCUACCAUAUAAUUUUUUCAAGUGGAUAGAAUAGUUCCCGAGAAAAAUGAUGACAUCGAACUUAAUGAGAAGUUGAGCAUUGUUGUUGGAUUGUCAACGGAAAUGCCCCAGAAGGAACUUUUAGCGGAUUAUUUGAUGGUCAAAGGUAAAUAUAUGGUCCGUUAGCUGUUCCCGCGUUUACUUUUUCUUUACCUUGUUGUUAUGAUAUUCUACUAAUAUAAUGACUUAUUUUAGCUAGUGAAGCAAGUGUACCGAGAUAGAAUAUAACAUUAAAGAAAUGGUUCCUCGAUUUUCUUGCAGAAGUGAUAACAACAGCAGAGUUUCAUCCGAUGUACUGUAACAUCCUUGCAUACGGUAGUUCGAGGGGUUUUAUCCGACUGGUUGACAUGAGGAAGUCAGCACUAUGUGACAAGAAUGCAAGAAUGUGAGUUAUAGCAUUUUUUCGUCCUUCUGCUAUUUCCUGGCCGGUUUCACUUCCUGUUUUAUGUGCCACAAAUAUCAGACGACGUUUCGAUUACUCUACAGCUCCACAUGUUUUAAGGUUGACCUUUUUUCUAUUAUUUUCAGAUUAUGGAACCAUGAAGACCAUGGAUCUAGAUCCUUCUUCUCCGAGAUAAUUUCAUCUAUCUCUGACAUCAAGUUCGCAAGGGAUGGAGUUCAUAUCUUAAGUCGUGAUUACAUGAGUACAAAGGUUUUUUUUUUUCUGUUAAACUGCUUCAGAGUUUUUUUUUAAUAUUUAUUUGAUUACAAUAUCAUAGACCUCCAAAACACAUGCCAACCGCUAGAAUCACGAAUCACAGCAAUGAGAUUCUUAAAAUCUUUUUACAUCCCCUUUACUUUGCUGGCAGUUUUUUCUUGUGAUAAACAUUAAUUUUUUGAUAAAUCUUCCUUUUUUCUAUUUUUUAACUGGAAAACAGACAGAAUUUUGACUCCUAUAAAUCUCUGGCUUACAGCUCUGGGACCUGCGCAUGGAUGUCUCACCUGUUGCGACAUAUAGGAUCCAUGAAUGGAUUCGUCCGAAGGUGCGAUCAUUUCUUCUUUCCAAUGUCGUUGAUAAAAGUCUGUCUUUUCAUGAACCUAAUCAAGAUCUACAUUUAAAACAAAACGUCGUCGAUAGGCCUGAGAUGCCAUUGCUCAGUUGUUUUCCAUACAACCCUGACUGCAUUGGAAGCUGAUUAUCGGUUUUGUGUAGGGGGGUGAUUAAUAGGAAAUAAUAUAUUGAGUGUGCAUAAAUGUUAUGAAUCUAAAAUAAUCGGGAUAAUCAAAGAGUAGACAAUUAAAUCAUUGAUUUGGCAUCGUAACCUGUUUUACUCCUGAGACCAUUUGAGGCCCCAUUAUAGCUCGCUCUAUUAAACAUUUUCUCCUGUGAGCGUGGGGAUCUGGAGCUCUUUCGAACUAGAUAUCACAAUUUUGAAUUUAUAUUAGCUUAAUCUGUGAAAGCUCAAGAACAGAUGCAUCAAGAGAGAGCCUCAUAGGUGCCCAGAUGGGCUCUCUUCUCUCUUCCUUCUUUCUGCGAGCUUGGUUUAUGGAAGAAGGAACCGAAAAGCAGAUAUCAGAAACAACCGGUUUUUUUGAUUAUGGGACAGCUUAUGAUGUUUAGAUCAAUCUAUUAUGCACCAAUGCAGCUAAUGCGGAUAGUCCUGCUCCUAGUUCCGCUAGUGCUGCUAGUUUGGUUUCGUUUGCUAGUCCUAUUAAAACUCCGAUAUCCCGAAAUUUAAUAAGAUUAUUUCUAAGCGAAAAGAAGACACCUGCCUGGCGCCCUUACGGCUAGGGGAGAGCUACUUUAAAUGACUGAACCAAUUAGGUGGUGCUCGGAGACUACGUGUGAACGUCAUAACUCAUAUAUGCUUAAGGGUCCUCAGUAGACUCCUAUCACGUUAGUUUAAAACGCCCAGUAACUCACUUUCAUUCUACCUAAAAAUACUAAGAAUGUAUGUGCAUGUAUGCAUGAAAUUGGAUUUUGGGUCAAGAGGAGAAACUUGACACCCUAUUGGUUAAAAUCUGUGGCAUCUGCAGCUACACGAGCUAUACAACAGCGAUGCGAUCUUUGAUAAGUUCGAGUGCUGCCUCAGCAACGAUGGGCUUCAUUUUGCCUCUGGCUCAUACAGGUUUUCUGAUCUUUAGGUUAUGAUGAUGGAUAUAAAUUUCAGAAAAUCCUGUAUCUUUUACUUAUGACUGGAUUCAUCUGGUUCUUCUUCUUCAUGUUCGUUCAGCAAUAUGUUCAAAGUCUUCUCUUAUGACAAUGGAAUUGAAGAUGGAACCACAUUAGAGGCUACGAAGAACCCAAACAGGUGAUUUUUUGAAUUUUUCUUCUUUUCGGAAGCUGUAAAGGUUUUAGUAGAUUUCCAUGAUCGCAGCAAGAAAUAGCAAUGCAUGGAAACUAGUUAGUGUGACCAUACUAGGCUUAUGCUCUAAAAGAGGAUAAUUGUAUUAAUUAUAGUAAUAUUAAUAACCUAAUACUCUUGUUAUUCGCUUAAUCGUUUCAAUCUCUUGUCUUCGCAGAAUCUUAAAUUCUCCGUCAACACCGAAAGCCUCAAGAUUCCUGCCCAGCCUGCCACGGGGACACAAUCGGCGAGGUUGUGAGAUCUCUCCCUGCUACCCACUACGGUCUUUCUCUCUUUAGUUCUUCUUGUGGCUUCUGGGUCACUCACAGCUCCUUCUGAUUCCUUCUGGACAGGACAUGAAAGCCUCAGCUCUGAUCUCAGCCGUGGGCAUCCUCUCGACUUGAACUCAAAGUUGAUUCAUUUGGCAUGGCAUCCGAUGGCCAACUUGAUUGUGUGUGCCUCUGUCAAUAGCCUGUACAUGUACCAUGCGUAG